CAUCUGAGCGAGCGAGGGCACCACCACCGGUCACACAGGGAGAGAAAGCGUCCGAACUUCGAACCACCCCGCAAUGGCGUCGCCGCCGGCGACGUGGUCGGUCACCGCGUGCCUUACUUACCGUGGCGGGCUGGAGAUCCGCGCCGCCGCGAAGAACGUCCUCCCCGGCUGGGGCCACGGCGGCGAGCGCCUCUCCUUCCUCCUCCGCCUCCGCCGCCGCCUCCGCCUCGCCGUCACCUCCCAGUGCGGCCGCGCCCCCGCGCCCGCAGAUCCCGACAAGAAGCCGCGCGGCCUCAGGCUCCUCCGCUCGCUGCGGACCGGGCUCCCCUGCAUUUGGCGCCGGAAGAAGCCGCCGCGCGCCGCCGCGGCCAUGCCGGGUUCUCGCUCUCAGGCGAUCCCCUCUCUGCUGAAGGAUCGAGCUUUGAUGCGGCCGGCGACGACGGUGGCGCUGUGCUCCGUCGCCGCGCUCGCCGUCGCUGCGGCUUCUGUCGCGGCGCUUCGCCUCGUGGCUGGGUUCUUGACACCGAGCGCGAGCUGCGUAUCAUGGAGAUGCUUCUUGGCGAAGAAAUUCGUCAGGUUCUUGGGGCCUCCUCUCCUUGAGUGGAUCUCCGAGAUUAGCCUGAAACUUGUGGAUCCUCCUGCUCUCGGCGAGUGGCUCGGGCUCCCGAAGCUUGGCCUGAAGUGGCUCUUCAACAAGUAGGAGAUGUGUUUACUGACAUUGUUUAGCACAGAGCAAAUGAUAGCGGGUGAGCUAGGUCUAGUUUGAUUUAUGAUUAUGAAUUACAGAUGAUUGCAGAGCUAGGUACGGUUCUGGCUGAAGAACAAAGCAAAUAGAAGUAUCCAGGUACUGGGUCUCAUUAGACUCUUCAGUGUGAUCUGCAUGUUGUCUUUGGAGAGCAAAUGUUCACAAUGUCUUGCGCAAGUGGGAAUCAUUGAGAAUGUUGAACUUCAGA